CAGCUGCCUUCUUCCAUGCGCUUGCAAUCUCACUGUGCCACCAUACAAUCAUUCAUGGACGUGUGGGGGCGAUCCCCAGCAUUAAAUACUUGUGGGCACUUCCCAACCCCCCUUCCAAUCAAAUCCCCUUAUGCCCCUUCGUACUUAGCUGCUCCUUCUCGAACCCCAAACCAAACCAAACUCAUCUCCCUCCUUCGACUCCGGCGACGUUAUUAUUAUUAUGCGACAUACCAUAACCUCUUUCUUGGAAAGAAGUAGUAGUAAAAGCAGAAGAGGCAGCACCAGGACAUGGACGACCAAUCGCUGACUACGUCGCUCGCGCUAAUUUUCCUGUUCCUGAUCAUAUUGCUCAUCUCCAAGACUUGCAGAAACAGAGCAAGCAGGGAUGCAGGCUGCCGCCUCCCAGCCGGCUCCGGCGGAUGGCCUCUCGUCGGAGAGACCCUCCACUUUGUCUCCUCCGCCUACUCCCCCAGCCCGGAGCGGUUCAUGGACAAGCGCCGCCGACUGUACGGGAAGGUGUUCCGGUCGCACCUGUUUGGGAGCCCGACGAUCGUGUCGACGGACGCGGAGGUCAGCCGGUGCGUGUUGCAGAGCGACGCGAGGGCGUUCGUGCCGUGGUACCCCAAGUCUCUGACCGAGCUUAUGGGCGAGUCCUCCAUCCUGCUCAUCAACGGCAACCUCCAACGCCGCAUCCACGGCCUCAUCGGCGGCUUCUUCAAGUCCGCCGAGUUGAAAGCCCAGAUCACCCGCGACAUGCACAGCUACGUGAGCCACUCCGUGGUCAACUGGCGCCACCACCACCGCAUCCUUGUCCAAGAACAGACCAAAAAUAUUGUGUUCCAAAUUCUAGUCAGAGCAUUGAUCGGACUCGGCCCAGGGAAGGAGAUGCAAUUCCUGAAGCAACAGUUCAGAGAAUUCAUCGCCGGCCUGAUGUCUCUGCCGGUGAAGCUGCCCGGUAGCAGGCUCUACCGAUCGCUGCAAGCGAAGAAGCGGAUGGCGAUGAUGAUUAAGAGCAUCAUCGCAGAGAAGAGAGCCGAGCAGGCUGAUGGUGGUCGGAGUCAGCGCCGCUCACGCGACGCAGUCGAUGUUUUGAUCGACGACGCCAGCGAUGAGUUGACCGACGACCUCAUCUCCGACAACAUGAUCGACCUCAUGAUCCCAGCGGAGGACUCCGUGCCGGUUCUUAUUACUCUCGCAGUCAAGUACCUGAGCGAAUGUCCUCUUGCUCUCCGACACUUGGAGGAAGAAAAUAUGGAGCUGAAGCAGAGAAGAGGCGUAGAAGAACUGCAGUGGAACGACUACAUGUCUCUAUCUUUUACACAAGAUGUGAUCACGGAGACACUGCGGAUGGGGAACAUAAUAAGCGGGAUCAUGAGGAAGGCAGUGAAGGAUGUAGAGAUAAAAGGGCACCUCAUACCCAAAGGAUGGUGCGUAUUGACCUACUUCCGAUCAGUUCACCUCGACGAGAGCCACUACGAGGAGGCCUACGAGUUCAAUCCGUGGAGAUGGAAGGAGAAGGACAUGAGUUCGUGUAGCUUUACUCCUUUUGGAGGUGGGCAAAGGCUGUGCCCUGGGCUGGAUCUCGCCAGGCUGGAGGCUGCCAUCUUUCUUCAUCACUUGGUCACCAACUUCACGUGGGUGGCAGAGGAGGAGGACCACAUUGUGAAUUUUCCAACUGUGAGGAUGAAGAGGGGAAUGCCCAUCAGAGUAAGAAGGAAGAGCUGAACAAGGCACAGAAAGGAGGUCAAUUUGCAUUUGCAUUUACAUUUGCACACGAGCUGUGGGAUGGGACCUGGAGCUGGACCACCCCUCUGUCAAAUUGAGGUAGAUGGGACCUCGCAGUGAAGCUCCAAUAGCGUAUACAGAUAGAUACAUAUAUUUUAUGUAAAUAGAAUAAUAAAUGAGAUGUAUAAAUUAUGAAUAGGGGCCAUGUCACAGACAUAUCUAGGAUUGCAAUCCCCAAGACAGAGAAAUAAAUAUACAGAGAGAGAGAGAGAGACAGAGACACAGAGGAGAAAGGAAGAGCGAGGAGGGGUUUGAGUUUGAGCAUGCAAAGGUGCUUUUGGGAAGGGAAAGUAAGGGAAGGAGGGAGUAUGCAGGGCCUAGAGUAAGGGCUAACAGAGCUAGUGAGAGCUUCAUUGAGAAUUCCGAGUCUUGGGUGAUCUGAUGGCGAUGGUGACGGUGAUAGGUGCUGCCGCUGACAAAUUGGGGGGAGAGGACAAUGAAUUGAAUUGAAGUGGGGUUGCUUUCACGCAGUGGGGAUUGUGGCAAUUCAAGGCAAGGGCAUCGACUGCACGCUCUCCUUCCACCUUGGUUGCUGCUAAGCCUCCCUACAGGAAAGAUAGAGAGAGGAGCUGAGAUGCUGCAAAGUCCAAGUCCUUUUUUCCCUUUCUAUACUUUUUGUACUAUAACUCUUCGGACCACUGUUGCCUUUUGUGGUUUUAAUCCUGGGGAUUCACUGAUUCCUCUUAUGGGAUAUA